GGGGUAGCGAGGAGCGUCGCCGCCGAAGACCAUGAGGAAAUUUAACAUCAGGAAGGUGCUGGACGGCCUGACGGCGGUCUCCGCCGCCGCCUCGGCGUCGUCCGCCGCCCAGCAGCAGCAGUCGGGGAACCGGGAGACCGAAAUCCAGGAGACGCUCCAGUCCGAGCACUUCCAGCUCUGCAAGACUGUCCGCCAUGGUUUCCCCUACCAACCUUCAGCCUUGGCAUUUGAUCCUGUUCAGAAAAUCCUGGCCAUCGGGACUCAGACUGGAGCACUAAGGCUCUUUGGUCGGCCUGGGGUUGAAUGCUACUGCCAGCAUGACAGUGGAGCUGCAGUAAUCCAGCUUCAGUUCCUGAUUAAUGAGGGAGCUCUUGUGAGUGCCUUGGCUGAUGAUACCUUACACUUGUGGAACUUACGCCAGAAAAGACCUGCUGUACUUCAUUCCCUCAAAUUUAACAGAGAACGGAUAACAUUUUGUCAUCUGCCUUUCCAAAGUAAAUGGCUAUAUGUGGGCACCGAAAGAGGAAAUAUUCACAUUGUCAAUGUGGAAUCAUUUACUCUCUCAGGCUAUGUCAUCAUGUGGAAUAAAGCCAUUGAACUGUCAUCCAAAUCUCACCCAGGACCAAUUGUCCACAUUAGUGACAAUCCAAUGGAUGAAGGAAAGCUUCUGAUUGGCUUUGAGUCUGGAACUGUGGUAUUAUGGGAUCUGAAGUCAAAGAAGGCAGAUUACAGAUAUACACAUGAUGAGGCUAUCCACUCUGUGGCUUGGCAUCAUGAAGGAAAACAAUUUAUUUGUAGUCACUCAGAUGGUACCUUGACCAUAUGGAAUGUAAAAUCUCCUACCAAACCAUUUCAGACAAUCACUCCACAUGGAAAGCAGAUGAAGGAUGGAAAGAAGCCAGAACCCUGCAAACCUAUCCUUAAGGUGGAAUAUAAAACAACUAGAGCUGGGGAGCCUUUCAUUAUUCUCUCAGGAGGUUUGUCCUACGACACUGUAGGAAGAAGACCCUGCUUAACAGUUAUGCAUGGGAAAAGCACUGCUGUACUAGAAAUGGAUUAUUCAAUUGUUGAUUUCCUAACCCUCUGUGAAACACCAUAUCCUAAUGACUUUCAGGAGCCAUAUGCUGUAGUUGUUCUCUUGGAAAAGGACUUAGUACUGAUUGACCUUGCACAAAAUGGGUACCCUAUAUUUGAGAAUCCCUAUCCUUUGACUAUACAUGAAUCUCCAGUUACCUGUUGUGAAUAUUUUGCUGAUUGUCCUGUGGACCUCAUACCUGCACUCUAUUCAGUUGGCGCUCGACAAAAACGUCAAGGUUACAGUAAGAAGGAAUGGCCUAUCAGUGGAGGCAACUGGGGUUUGAUCACUCAGAGCUAUCCAGAGAUAAUUAUUACAGGGCAUGCCGAUGGGUCAAUCAAGUUUUGGGACGCCUCAGCAAUAACGCUGCAAGUACUCUAUAAGCUAAAAACAGCCAAAGUAUUUGAAAAAUCACGGAAUAAAGAUGACAGGCCAAACACAGAUAUAGUAGAUGAAGAUCCAUAUGCUAUUCAGAUCAUCUCAUGGUGUCCAGAAAGUAGAAUGCUGUGCAUAGCUGGAGUUUCUGCACAUGUCAUUAUUUACAGGUUCAGCAAGCAGGAAGUGACAACAGAAGUCAUUCCGAUGCUGGAAGUACGCCUGUUGUAUGAAAUAAAUUAUGUUGAAUCUCCAGAUGGUGAGCAGGUGCCACCUUUGCCAACUCCAGGCACAGGUUCCAAUCCUCAAUCCAUUGUUCCCCAGUCUCAUCCAUCUACUAGUAGCAGUUCAUCUGAUGGACUUCGUGAUAAUGUUCCAUGUUUAAAAGUUAAAAAUUCUCCUCUCAAGCAGUCUCCAGGCUACCAAAUUGAGCUAGUUAUCCAGCUAGUGUGGGUGAGCGGAGAACCUCCUCAGCAGAUAACCAGCUUAGCAGUCAACUCAGCGUAUGGGCUGGUAGUUUUUGGAAACUGUAAUGGUAUUGCCAUGGUUGAUUACCUCCAGAAGACAGUGCUCUUGAAUCUAGGCACUAUUGAACUGUAUGGCUCCAAUGAUCCUUAUCGCAGGGAGCCACGAUCUCCCCGAAAAACUCGGCAGCCAUCUGGAGCGGGUCUUUGUGAUAUUAAUGAAGGCUCAGUUGUGCCAGAAGAUCGCUGCAAAUCACCCACUUCAGGUUCUGGUUCACCAAACAAUUCUGAUGAUGAUCAAAAAAUGAAUAAUUUUAUAGAAAAGGUGAAGACCAAAAGCAGAAUGUUUUCCAAGAUGGUAGCCAAUGACAUAGCAAAGAUGUCCAGGAAGCUAAGUUUGCCAACUGAGUUAAAGCCUGAUUUAGAUGUCAAAGACAACUCUUUCAGUCGAUCUCGGAGUUCUAGUGUAACUAGCAUUGAUAAAGAGACACGUGAAGCAAUUUCAGCUCUUCAUUUUUGUGAGACUUUCACAAGAAAGGCUGAUACAUCACCUUCUCCGUGCUUGUGGGUUGGAACCACACUGGGAACAGUGCUUGUCAUUGUGCUGAACUUACCCCCAGGAGGAGAACAAAGACUUCUUCAGCCAGUAAUUGUCUCUCCUAGUGGAACGAUUCUGAGGCUAAAAGGGGCAAUCUUGAGAAUGGCUUUUCUGGAUAUCACAGGAUCUUUGGUGCCACCAGCACAUGAACCCUGGAGAGAACACAACGUUCCUGAAGAAAAAGAUGAAAAAGAAAAAAAAAAGCGACGACCUGUCUCAGUGUCCCCCUCCUCCUCUCAGGAAAUCAGUGAAAACCAAUACGCAGUGAUAUGUUCAGAGAAGCAAGCAAAAGUUAUCUCACUGCCAUCCCAAAACUGUAUUUAUAAGCAAAACAUAACAGAGACUUCUUUUGUUCUUCGUGGAGAUAUAGUGUCAUUGAGUAAUAGUAUCUGCCUUGCAUGUUUCUGUGCCAAUGGACAUAUUAUGACUUUUAGUUUGCCAAGUUUAAGGCCUCUGUUGGAUAUGUAUUACCUGCCACUCACCAAUAUGCGGAUAGCCAGAACAUUCUGCUUCACCAAUAAUGGACAAGCACUCUAUCUUGUCUCACCAACUGAAAUACAGAGGCUCACAUACAGUCAAGAAACAUGUGAAAAUCUUCAGGAAAUGUUGGGUGAGCUCUUCACUCCUGUAGAAACACCAGAAGCACCAAACAGGGGGUUCUUUAAAGGCCUGUUCGGAGGUGGGGCACAGUCACUUGACAGAGAAGAACUCUUUGGAGAAUCAGCAUCUGGAAAGGCAUCAAGAAGUCUUGCCCAACAUAUUCCAGGGCCUGGAGGUAUUGAAGGUGUCAAAGGAGCAGCAUCUGGUGUAGUUGGUGAACUAGCACGAGCCCGGUUGGCCCUAGAUGAAAGAGGACAGAAACUAGGAGAACUGGAAGAAAAAACUGCAGCUAUGCUGUACAGUGCUGAUUCUUUCUCUAAACAUGCUCAUGAGAUGAUGUUGAAGUACAAAGACAAGAAGUGGUAUCAAUUCUGACGAUGCUCAUUGAUUACAUCUGUUUAAUUUUGUCCUGAUGAAAGAAUCUUGGUUUUUCAUUAAUUUUGUCAGGACCAUUGAAGUUUAAAAGAGUAUUCACCACUGGAUACUGUUGUUUCCUAGCACAAAUCACACACUGUUUUAUCUCAGUCGUGGCUUUAACUGAGGAGCUUUAUAUUUAAAAGAAACACAUGCAAAAAACCAAACUUGAGUGUUUCUUAGCUGUUGGUUAGCUGAGAGUUGGAAUGAAGAAGGCAACUAGAACAUGUG